UCAAGGCGUGCGGGGGCGGAAGCGGCGGUGGCAGUGGCGACCGCAGUGGCUGUCAGAGCUGGAGAGGGGUAGGGCGGAGCAGCCAUGGAGGGUCAGCGCUGGCUGCCUCUGGAGGCCAAUCCCGAGGUCACUAACCAGGUGAGUGGAGGUGUCUGUCACUCAGGACCCCGGAGUCCUUUCUACCUGUUGGCCAGCAUCCCUGCCCGUCUCCAUCUCCAUGCCCCUUAGGGGCCUGGGAUUUCAAUCCUUUCUCAGGCAGUUAGGUCUACAACCUAACUGGCAAUUUGUUGAUGUAUAUGGAAUGGAUCCUGAACUCCUUAGCAUGGUUCCAAGACCAGUCUGUGCAGUGCUGCUUCUCUUCCCUAUUACAGAAAAGUAUGAAGUAUUCAGAACAGAAGAGGAGGAAAAAAUAAAAUCUCAGGGGCAGGAUGUUACAUCAUCAGUGUAUUUCAUGAAGCAAACAAUCAGCAACGCCUGUGGAACAAUUGGACUGAUCCAUGCUAUUGCUAACAACAAAGACAAGAUGCACUUCGAAUCUGGAUCAACCUUGAAAAAAUUCCUGGAGGAGUCUGUUUCAAUGAGCCCUGAAGAAAGAGCCAGAUACCUGGAAAACUAUGACGCUAUUCGAGUUACUCACGAGACCAGUGCCCAUGAAGGUCAGACUGAGUCCUCCUCGCCAUCCUCAUCACAGCCUCAUUCUAGCCACUGCAGAACGAAGGCCUCAUCAUUGUGUCACCAUGCAUCCCUGGCCUGGGUCAAACGUAACCACAUAGGCCCUGCAAAGGCUGCCAGUCCAUCUCUUCGUCUUCGUCGCUGGCGACCCUUCUUACGCCUACCAUCUUUGGGUCUCCAUUCUGUUGCGCCAAGUAUAGAUGAAAAAGUAGAUCUUCAUUUUAUUGCCUUAGUUCACGUAGAUGGGCAUCUCUAUGAAUUAGAUGGACGGAAACCAUUUCCAAUAAACCAUGGCAAAACUAGUGAUGAAACUUUGUUAGAGGAUGCCAUAGAAGUUUGCAAGAAGUUUAUGGAACGUGACCCUGAUGAAUUAAGAUUUAAUGCAAUUGCUCUUUCUGCAGCAUAGCUUGUUCAUAAUGGAAACACCAAAUACUGUAUUAUUUGCAACAAAAUUAAACUUCUGCUGCCAUACACUAACUCAAAAGUUUUGAUAUUUUCCGUAACUUGACUGAUUAAACUUUGUGUGAAUUAAACUUUGA